ACAGUGAAUGACUUCACGGUGAUCCGUAAAAAGUUCAAGUGCCCCUACUGCAGCUUCUCUGCUAUGCACCAGUGCAUCCUAAAGAGGCACAUGCGCUCACACACUGGUGAGAGGCCCUACCCCUGUGAAAUCUGUGGCAAGAAGUUCACCAGGAGGGAGCACAUGAAGAGGCACACGCUGGUCCACAGCAAAGACAAGAAGUAUGUAUGUAAAGUUUGCAGCCGGGUCUUUAUGUCAGCAGCAAGUGUCGGAAUCAAACAUGGCUCCCGUCGUCAUGGCGUCUGCGCCGACUGCUCUGGCCGGGGCAUGGCUGCCCUGCUGGACCACAAUGGGGAGGUGGGUGGAGACAUUUCCCCUGAGGAGGAGCUGUAUCCCGGGGAUCGCUUCCACGACGACCAGGCGGAGUGCGAUGGUGACGGGGAGGGGGAGGAGGAGAUGCUGGUGGAAGGGGAUGGCGAGAUGAUGGGAGAAGGGGAGGAGGAGGCGGUGAAGUGGAAGGACUCAGGGAUGAGCGCCGAGGCACACGGAGCACUGGACAAUGAGAAGGAGGAGAGCGACUCCUCGGCACAGGAGGGCGAGCAGCAGAACGGGACUGAUCGGGACUUCACCUGGAUCUCCUAGAACCCGUCCGGCUCCUGUUCGUGGCCUCGUCAGACCAAUCUCCGAAGAUCUCCUGCGAUCUGCUGGGCAGACAUCACUGCUCUCUUUACCCAUUCGUCCCACCGUGGGCAGGCCUUCCUUUGAACGGAAAUGCUGUAGGGUGAUGCGCGACAAUGAUCUAAAACCAUUAUGAGUGGCACACUCACACACACACACACACACACACACACACACACACACACACACACACACACACACACUUAGGCUAUUCUCAACCUUGGCUGCCAUAGUAGAGGGAGAGUGGUGAAGAGAUGGCUCAAGGCUUUUUCUGCUUACCUCCUUUACUUCUGAUGCAGUGUUUAGUUUUUUGUGUGUGUUCCUUUCUUUCUUGAGGGUUCAGGCCAGAGUCCAGUAAGUUUUCUACUUCGUCACAGCAGGAAUCAAUGAGGACGCUGCCAAGGACAUGGCCGACGUUGGACUGUAACUUUGUAUGUUUGCCAUCACAAUCACCAUGGAAACCAAGGAUCACUGACAGUGUAGGGAUACAGCCAG